ACUGCAAUUAGAUUACACUAGCAGACUGAUGUUUCACAGUCAAAAAGUUUUUUUUUUAAUAUUUACACUACUGUUACAACAGAUAUGAGUGGUGGCACUAGUUGGCAAGUGGGCCUGGCACACACUCUGGCAGGCAGGAAACUGCUAUUAGAUUACACUAGCAGACUGAUGUUUCACAGUCAAAAAAGUUUUUUUUUACAAAAUUUACACUACUGUUACAACAGAUAUGAGUGGUGGCACUGCAGGCAGGCAACUGCAAUUAGAUUACACUAGAAGACUGAUGUUUCACAGGCAAAAUUACACAGGCAAAAAAAAAAAAAAACGACUGAUAUUCUAGCCCUAAAAGGGCUUUUUGGGGUGCUGUCCUUACAACAGAGAUCAGAUGAGUCCUUCAGGACUGUAGUGGACACUGAAUACACUAGCCUAGCUAUCAAUUUCCCUAUAAAAUCAGCAGCAGCUACACUAUCCCUCCUCUCACUAAGAAUGCAGGAUCAGAAUGAAUCUAAAAUGGCUGCUGCCCAGGAGCUGGGAGGGUCUGGGAGGGAGUGUCUGCUGCUGAUUGGCUGAAAUGUGUCUGCAGACUGUGAGAUACAGGGUCAAAGUUUACUCAAUGAUGACGAAUAGGGAGCGGAUCGAACAUCGCAUAUGUUCGCCCGCCGCGGCAAACGCGAACAACUAUGUUCGCUGGCGAACUAUUCACGACAUCACUACUAGGCACAUGUGUACAUACUGAAAUGCAUGCAUAUUCUGUGUAACACAACCAAAUCUCUCAUACCCUGUUCUGUACACAAAUCCUACAUACAUAUGAACACAAGAACACACCCAUGCACACACUGACUCAUAUACGUGCAUAUUCUGUCUAGUAAAACCAAAUCACAUACACACACAUAAAUAUACACAUACGCACACUUGCACACACAUACACAUAAAAUGGAAAUAAACACAUGCACACACUCACACACAUAUAUAUAUAUACACAUACACAUUUGCACACAUAUACACACAUACACAUUCACACACAUAUACACACAUGCACACAUAUACACACAUAUAUACAAACAUACACACUCACAAACAUGCACACACUUGCACACAUAUACACACACAUAUACAAACAUACACACUCACACACAUACACACACUUGCACACAUAUACAGUACACACACAUAUACAAACAUACACACUCACACACAUACACACAUUUGCACACAUAUACACACAUUCACAUUCACACACAUAUACACACUUGCACACAUAUAUACACAUAUAUACAAACAUACACACUCACACACAUACACACUUGCACACAUAUACACACAUAUAUACAAACAUACACACACACACAUACACACUCACACACAUAUACACACAUAUAUACACACAUACACACUCACACACAUAUACACACUUGCACAGAUAUACACACAUAUAUACACACAUACACACUCACACACAUACACACUCAAACACAUAUACACACUUGCACACAUAUACACAUAGAUACAAACAUACACUCACACACAUAUACACACUUGCACAUAUAUACACACAUAUAUACAAACAUACACACUCACACAUAUAUACACACACAUACACAUAUAUACACACAUACACACUUACACACAUAUAUACACACUCGCACACUUAUACACACACACACAUACACACUUGGACACAUAUAUACAUACAUACACACUCGCACACUUACACACUCACACAAAUAUAUAAAAGCAUAUCCACUCACACAUAUAUACACACACAUACCACACAUACCACACAUAUAUACACACUUGCGCAGAUAUAUACGCAGAUAUAUACACAGAUAUACACUCACACACAUAUACACACUUGCACACAUAAAUACACACUCACACAUACACACUCACACACAUACACACAUGUGUACGCACACAUAUAAACAGGUAUACACAGAUAUACACUUACACACAUAUACACACACAUACAAACUCACACACAUAUACACACUCGCACACAUAAAUACACACACUCACACAUACACGCAUGUGUACACACACAUAUAAACAGAUAUACACACACAUAUACAGUUAUACACACACAUACACACUCACACAC